AUGUCACAUUCAUUGAGCACCAGUACCACUAACGAUAUGAUCACCGAGGAACCAUCUUCUCCUAACAAGAUUCCACGCUUAACAAGGAGAUUGACUGGUUUCUUACCACAAGAAAUCAAGGCAAUUGAUACAAUGAUCCCAUUGCAAUCAAGAGCCUUAUGGAAUAAACACAAGGUUCAAAAGUUUGAAGAUGCUGAAGGAUUUGAUGACAGAUUUAUUCAUCAUGUUGAAACUACUUUGGCUCGUUCCUUAUAUAACUGUGAUGAUUUAGCUGCUUAUGAAUCUACUUCUAUCAGUGUUCGUGACAACUUGGUCAUCGAUUGGAAUAAGACUCAACAAAGAUUGACUGCCAGAGAUCCAAAGAGAGUUUAUUACUUAUCCUUGGAAUUCUUGAUGGGUAGAGCUUUAGACAAUGCUUUAAUUAACAUGGGUUCCGAACCAAAGCCAAACUCUAACGGUGAUGAAUUGUUAGGCACCAGAGAUAUGGUUAAGGAUUCCUUGAAUGACUUGGGUUUCAGAUUGGAAGAUGUCUUGGCUCAAGAACCAGAUGCCGCUUUAGGUAAUGGUGGUUUAGGUCGUCUAGCCGCCUGUUUCAUCGAUUCUAUGACUACUGAAAACAUCCCAGCAUGGGGUUACGGUUUACGUUAUGAAUAUGGUAUCUUUGCCCAAAAGAUUAUUGAUGGUUAUCAAAUUGAAACUCCUGAUUACUGGUUAAAUAUUGGUAACAGAUGGGAAAUUGAACGUCAUGAAAUCCAAAUCCCAGUCACAUUCUACGGUUACGUUGAUAGACCAGAUGGUGACACACCAACUACUGAUCCAGCCCAAUGGAUUGGUGGUGAAAGAGUUCUUGCUGUUGCUUAUGAUUUCCCAGUUCCAGGUUAUAAGACUACUACUGUCAAUAACUUAAGAUUAUGGAAGGCUAAACCAACAACCGAGUUCGAUUUUGCUAAAUUCAACACUGGUGACUACAAAAACUCUGUCGACCAACAACAAAGAGCCGAAUCUAUCACUGCUUGUUUGUAUCCAAAUGAUAACUUUGCUGAAGGUAAAGAAUUGAGAUUGAAGCAACAAUACUUCUGGUGUGCUGCUUCUUUACAUGAUAUCAUUAGAAGAUUCAAGAAGACUCAAAGACCAUGGAGUGAAUUCCCAGAUCAAGUCGCUAUUCAAUUGAACGAUACUCAUCCAACCUUAGCUGUUGUUGAAUUACAAAGAGUUUUGGUUGAUUUGGAAAAAUUACCAUGGGCCGAAGCCUGGGAUAUUGUUAACAAGACCUUUGCUUACACUAACCAUACUGUCAUGCAAGAAGCUUUGGAAAAAUGGCCAGUUAGUUUGUUCAGCCGUCUAUUACCAAGACAUUUGGAAAUCAUUUAUGACAUUAACUGGUUCUUCUUGCAAGAAGUUGAAAAGAAGUUCCCAGAUAACAGUGAAUUGUUAUCUCGUAUCUCUAUUAUUGAAGAAGUUUACCCUGAAAGAUUGAUCCGUAUGGCUUUCUUGGCUAUUGUUGGUUCUCAUAAGGUCAAUGGUGUUGCUGAAUUACACUCUGAAUUGAUUAAGACUACUAUCUUCUCUGACUUCGUUAAAUUCUACGGUCCAUCCAAGUUUACUAAUGUCACUAACGGUAUUACACCAAGAAGAUGGUUGAAGCAAGCUAACCCAGAAUUAAGUAAAUUGAUCAGUGAAGCUAUUAAUGAUCCAAAGGAUGAUUUCUUAUUGGAUAUGACCAAGUUGACUAAAUUAGCAGAAUUUGCCGAUGACCACGGUUUCCAACAAAGAUGGAAUAAAGUUAAGGAAGAUAAUAAGAUUAAAUUAGCUGACUUGAUCAAAAACCUAAACAACGGUGAAGAUAUUAUUGACAGGGAACACAUCAACAACACUUUGUUCGAUAUCCAAGUCAAACGUAUUCACGAAUACAAACGUCAACAAAUGAACAUCUUCGGUGUUAUUUACCGUUACUUAGCAAUCAAGAACUUGUUAGAACAAGGUGCCUCUAUCGAAGAAGUUGAAAAGAAAUUCCCACGUAAGGUUUCUAUCUUUGGUGGUAAGAGUGCCCCAGGUUACUAUAUGGCUAAGUUGAUUAUUAAAUUAAUUAACUCUGUCGCUGACGUUGUUAAUUCUGAUGUUGCAAUUGCUGAUUUGAUUAAGGUUGUCUUUAUUCCAGAUUACAAUGUCUCUAAAGCUGAAAUCAUUAUUCCAGCAAGUGAUUUAAGUGAACAUAUUUCUACUGCUGGUACUGAAGCUUCCGGUACUUCCAAUAUGAAGUUUGUUAUGAAUGGUGGUUUAAUCAUCGGUACUGUUGAUGGUGCCAAUGUUGAAAUUACAAGAGAAAUUGGUGAAGAUAACAUUUUCUUAUUCGGUAAUUUGAGUGAAAAGGUUGAAGAAUUAAGAUACAACCACAAGUACCGUAAGAGUGAAAUGCCAUCUGAAUUGAAGAUGGUUUUGAAUGCUAUUGAAAGUGGUUUAUUCUCUCCAGAAAAUCCAAAUGAAUUUAAACCACUAUGGGAUAGUAUUAAGCACCACGGUGACUACUAUUUGGUCAGUGAUGAUUUUGCUUCCUACUUAGCUACUCAAGAAUUGGUCGACCAAGUCUUCCAUUAUGAAAAGAGUGAAUGGAUCAAGAAAUGUAUCUUGUCUGUUGCUAAUGUCGGUUUCUUCAGCAGUGACCGUUGUAUUGAAGAAUAUGCUGAAACCAUCUGGAAUGUCGAACCAGUUAAGCCAGAAUAA